AUGAGGCUGAAAGGUGAGCUGCCAUGUGAGCCCUCCUCUGUUGACAUUGCCAUAUCUAUCAGUAGUUCACUUGAAUUUCCUGGUGAUCAGUUCUUUGGCGAAAUUUCAAGAGUUCUGAAGCCUGGUGGAACAAUUCUUCUUUACAAGAAUUUCAAUUCUGAUAAAGGGCAUGCCGAUAAGGCAAUCUCGGCUAUUGAGCGCAAGUUAAUGUUAGCAGGAUUUCUAGAAGCAUGUCGUCUUGAACUAAAAUCAGAUGUUGCAACUGAAGAUGUUCACUUUUUUAGGGUGAAGGGUAAGAAGCCUUCCUGGAAACUUGGGUCUUCCUUUGCUUUGAAGAAGGCCCCUAAAAGUUUAUUGAAAGUUCAGUUGGAUGAUGAUUGUGAUGUGAUUGAUGAAGAUUCUCUCUUAACUGAAGAGGACUUGAAGAAACCAAAGUUAUCACCUGUCGGUGAUUGUGAAGUUCGAAGCACAAGGAAAGCUUGCAAAAACUGCACUUGUGGAAGGGCUGAGGCAGAGGAGAAAGUACAGAAGUUAGGACUGACCAUGAAUCAGCUGAACAAUCCUCAAUCAGCAUGUGGAAAUUGUGGAUUAGGGGAUGCUUUUCGAUGCAACACAUGCCCUUACAAGGGUCUUCCACCAUUCAAACUGGGAGAGAAGGUAUCACUCUCUAACAACUUUCUUGCGGCAGACAUUUAAAUAUGAAGUUGCAGGUAGUGUUUUGCAUUCU